ACCGCCUGUGUUUCAGAGUGUUGGAGCCUGCGGCUGGGCAUACUUGGGGAGCUCCAGGCCAGAAACGGGGUGGUUCCUAGCCUGGGGCGAAGAGUCGGGCGCGAAAGGAGCUCCGACCAGGGUGAUAAGAGGUGUGCCAUUGAGGAGGGAGUUAGCAAGGAAGCCAGUGCAACCCCAAGUCUGCGGGAUCUUGGGCGACAGAUUCAGAAUGCUGGUCCCCGCCCUCCUCAUCCUCCUCUUCUGCCUCCGAGGGCAUGCAGGUCUGUCGCCCCAUUUCCUGCAACAACCAGAUGACCUGGUGGCACUGCUGGGGGAGGAGGCCCGGCUGCCCUGUGCCCUGGGCGAAUACUGGGGGCUGGUUCAGUGGACGAAGGAUGGGCUGGCUCUAGGGGGUGAAAGGGACCUGCCAGGGUGGUCCCGGUACUGGAUAUCGGGGAAUGCAGCCAGUGGCCAGCACGACCUUUACAUUAAGCCCGUGGAGCUAGAGGAUCAAGCAUCAUAUGAAUGUCAGGCUACCCAAGCAGGCCUCCGCUCUCGACCAGCCCAACUGCAUGUGCUGGUGCCCCCAGAAGCCCCCCAGGUGCUGGGCGGCCCCUGUGUGUCUCUAGUGGCUGGGGUUCCUGCGAAUCUGACCUGUCGGAGCCAUGGGGAUGCCCGCCCCACCCCUGAGCUGCUGUGGUUCCGAGAUGGGAUCCGGCUGGAUGGGACCACCUUCCACCAGACCCUGCCGAAGGAAGGAACCACUGGGUCAGUGGAGAGCAUCUUAUCUUUGACUCCUUCCAGCCACGAUGAUGGAGCCACCUUGGUCUGUCGGGCCCGGAGCCAGGCCCUGCCGUCGGGGAAGGAUACAGCUAUCACACUGAGCCUGCAGUAUCCCCCAGUGGUGACUCUGUCUGCAGAACCACAGACUGUGCUGGAGGGAGAGACGGUCACUUUCCUGUGCCAGGCCACAGCCCAACCUCCUGUCACGGGCUAUAGGUGGGCAAAGGGAGGCUCCCCGGUGCUCGGGGCCCGCGGGCCGAUGUUGGAGGUCGUGGCAGACGCCUCAUUCCUGACUGAGCCGGUGUCCUGCGAGGUCAGCAACGCUGUGGGUAGCGCCAACCGCAGCACCGCGCUGGAUGUGCAGUUCGGGCCAGUUCUGCAGGCAAGGCCAGAGCCCUUGUCAGUAGACGUAGGGGAAGACGCUUCCUUCAGCUGUGCCUGGCGCGGGAACCCGCUCCCACGGGUAACUUGGUCCCGCAGCGGGGACGCGCAGGUGCUGGCCUCCGGCCCCACGCUGCGUCUUCCGUCGGUGGGGCCCGAGGAUGCAGGCGACUACGUGUGCAGGGCUGAGCCGGGGCUCUCGGGCCUGGGGGGCGGCGCUGCGGAGGCUAGGUUGACUGUGAACGCUCCCCCGAUUGUGACCGCCCUGCAUUCUGCGCCCGCCUUCUUGAGGGGCCCCGCCCGCCUCCAAUGUCUAGUCUUCGCAUCCCCAGCCCCAGAUGCCGUGGUCUGGUCUUGGGAUGAGGGCUUUCUGGCGGCGGGGUCGCAGGGUCGGUUCCUGGUGGAGACAUUCCCAGCCCCAGAGGGCCGCGGGGGACAGGGCACAGCCCUGAUCUCUGUGCUACACAUUUCGGGGACCCAGGAGUCCGACUUUAGCCGGGGUUUCAACUGCAGUGCCAGGAACCGGUUGGGUGAAGCAGGCACCCAGGUUAGCCUGGGCCGUAGAGAUUUGCUGCCCACUGUGCGGAUUGUGGCUGGAGUGGCUGCUGCAGCCAUGACUCUUCUUAUGGUCAUCAUUGGGGUGACCCUCUGCUGCUGGCACCAUGGCAAAGCCUCUUUCCCCAAGCAAAAGAACCUGGUGCGAAUCCCAGGCAGCAGUGAUGGCUCCAGUUCUCAAGGCCCCGAGGAGGAGGAGACAGGCAGCGGCGAGGACCGGGGCCCCAUCGUGCACAAGGAACACAGUGACCUGGUUCUGGAUGAGGAGGGGGCUCUGGAAAGCAAGGAUCCAACCAAUGGUUACUACAAGGUCCGAGGAGUCAGUGUGAGCCUGAGCCUUGGUGAAGGCACUGGAGGAGGCCUCUUUCUGCCGCCCCCCUCCCCCCUCGGACCUCCAGGGACUCCUACCUUCUAUGAUUUCAACUCACACCUAGGCAUGGUCCCCCCCUGCAGACUGUAUAGAGCUCGGGCAGGUUAUCUCACCACACCCCACCCUCGAGCUUUUACCAGCUACAGCAAACCUACAUCCGUUGGACCCCCAGAUCUGGCCCCCAGGACUCCACCCUUCCCAUAUGCUGCCUUCCCCAUACCUAGCCACCCACGUCUCCAGACUCAUGUAUGACACCUCACCAAGUGAAGAGUCCUGGAAUCUUCAACUUGCCACAACGGAUUGUCCUGAUUUCUGAGGAACCAGAACAAGUUGGUGACCUUCCUCCUCCAAAACUGAACAUUGAUGGGAGAGAAAGAUCAUUACAAUUGUCUGGAUCACUGGUGUACAGUCAGGUCAGCCAAAGGGGUUGCCCCAAGUGGGAGCAAAGUGGUCACUCACCAACUAUUCCCCUGUGUAAAAGGGAUUCAAGAUGGCAGAUGGGCUCUUUGUAGAGGGAUGGGGACAGGGGGUGUGAUAGGAGUUAGGGGCAGGGUGGAAGUUAUUUCCAGACAUUGAAAGAAGAGAUUUCAAAAUGACCACCUGUGUUGAGAAGACAGGCAAUAUAGGACAGAUUUAGAUGGAAGCCAGGCCAGGCCCUGUCCUGGUUCUCCCUGAUGGGCACUUUGCUUGGCCAAUGAAAGUGCAGCCAAGAUGGCCAUUCACUCUCUGGGAACCCAAGAUGGCACUAUCUUGAUUCUUCCCAAUUUCCUUAAAGGCCCUGGAAGAAUUGAAUCCAAGGAGUGAGGACAGGGUGAGAACUGUCAUGAGAAGAGGGGAGUAGGGUGGGGUGGGUGGGG